AUGAAGAAGAACCACAGUGCCUUGCCUCUCAUCUAUGUGACUGAGGCGGAUCGUAGCGGCUGCGACGUCCUCAGCAUCCCGGUACCCAUGCGGCGCGGCGGCUCAGAGUCCAACUUGGACGCGGUGGACGGCGCGGGUCGCGGCGGCGUGGGUCUGGAUUUCAACAAGGGGGCCCUGGGCAUCGACAGCCUGCAGCAGAAGAUACUUAAGGUGACGGAGCAGAUCAAGGUUGAGCAGACGGCGCGGGACCAAAACGUGGCCGAGUACCUGAAGCUUGUUAACAAUGCUGACAAGCAGCAGGUGGUGCGCAUCCGUCAGGUGUUCGAGAAGAAGAACCAGAAGUCGGUGCACUCUAUAGCCAGGCUGCAGAGGAAGCUGGAGCAGUACCACCGCCGCGCCAAGGAAAGCGAGUCCAACGGCAAGCACGGCCACAAAGACGGCACCCGGGACUCGGGGGGACACAGCAAGGAGGGCAGCCUGCGCGACGUCAGCGCCACGGGCCGCCACCCCGCGCUUGAUAAAGUCAAGACCAUCGGGCCGGGCGUGUCGCUUUCGCCUCCCUUCUUCUUCAACAAGUCGCGCGGCUUCGCCAACCUCAUCCGGAACAAAUACGGCAGCGCCGACAACAUCGCGCACCUCAAAAGCAUGGACGCCGGCUCGGGGCUGCACGCCGAGGGGGGCGGCCGGGGCCUGAGCGGGAGCGCCACCGCCGUGGCCAAGGCCGGCAAGUACCACAGCGAUGACGAAUGCUCCACCGGGACUUCGGCCUCCGCCGACUCCAACGGCAACCCGGCGGGCGGCUCGGCGGCCGGAUCCGGUGCCGCCGCCCGCCCCGACGGCCGCCUGUCGGAGGUCCUGGAGACGGUCCGCGACAUCCGGGAAGCGCAGACUCAGCUGGGGGACGACAUCGAGGCGCUCAACGCGCAGUUUAAACGCGACUAUGGAUACUUCACGCAAGUGUUGCAGGAGGAGCGCUACAGGUACGAGCGACUGGAGGACCAGCUCAACGACCUGACGGAGCUCCAUCAGCACGAGACCGGCAAUUUGAAGCAGGAGCUGGCUAGCAUCGAGGAGAAGGUGGCGUAUCAGGCCUACGAGAGGGCCAGGGACAUCCAGGAGGUGCUCGAAUCGUGCCAGACGCGGGUGUCCAAAUUGGAGCUGCAGCAGCAACAGCAGCAAACGGUGCAGCUGGAGAACGCCGAUGCCAAGGUGCUGCUGGGCAAGUGCAUCAACAUCAUGCUGGCCUUCGCCACCGUCAUCCUGGUGUGCGUGUCCACAGCGGCCAAGUUCGCCGCCCCGCUCCUGCGCAGCCGCCUGCACUUGGCGCUCACCUGUGUGGGCGUGUCCCUCCUGGCGCUGCUGUGGAAGAACUGGGAGCACUUGCAGUGCGCGCUGGAACGACUGCUGUUGCCGCACUGA